AUGGAGCUUCAUCUUCGGAUGUUCCAUACUGCUUUCCUGGUUCGGUCAGCGGGUUUUAAAAACAUUGCCAAAACCAAAUCUUUUCUCUCUAAUCUUAACCCAUUUGGUCAAGUUCCGGUUCUUGAAGAUGGAGAUCUCAAACUUUUUGAAUCAAAGGCGAUCACACGAUACCUAGCGGAACAAUACAAAGACCAAGGAACAAACCUAUUACCAGAUGAUCCCAAAAAGAGAUCUAUCAUAUCAAUGUGGAUGGAAGUAGACACGAAUCAGUUUCUUCCUGUGGCAUCGACUCUCAUCAAAGAACUCAUCAUAAAACCAUAUCAAGGUUUAGCCACAGACUUCACAUCGGUUCAAGAAGGCAAAGAGAAGUUAUCAGAGAUUCUAAACAUCUACGAGACUCGUUUAGGCGAGUCUCCAUACUUAGCCGGAGAAAGUUUCACUUUAGCAGAUCUUCAUCAUCUUCCACCGAUUCAGUACUUGUUAAACACGGAAGAAGAAGAAUUGAAAAACUUGAUCUAUUCACGUCCCAAUGUAGCUGCAUGGGUCGAGAAGAUGAAGUCGAGACCCGCUUGGCUUAAAGCAGUCGCUAUGGAAGAGCACAUCCUUGACUUGAUGAACCGACGUCGUUUACCUAAACAGUUAGAUUCGUCGUGCCAUGAGUCAACCGUUGUGGCUCAGAAAACUGCGAUGGUGGUGAUUGCGAACAAUUAA